CUCACAGCGUAACGCGGGAGACGGUGAUAGUGACGGGCACGCUCCGCUCCUUGAAGGCGGUGGUGAUGAAGCAGCCGAAGAACAAUUCAACUGGAAGACAACAACCUAAGAACUGAGUGCUGCUGUUAAGUCCAGAUGUUAUUUAUAGUAAUUGCUUUUUGGAUUUUCACUUCUACAAAGAAAGACUAUUUCAUUAACAAAACGUGGGAGAAGUCCACAUGAAAAAGCAGUUACUGGAUGACACAGACCAGUUGUUCCCAAGAGUGCGUGGCUGGAGCCAUAUGAUCUUAUCAACACAUUUGAGAGCCCUACCCAAACACUGAGAGGGAUUUUGCUGCAGCAAUGACUGUCAUAGAAGAAAGUCGCCCUUUUGCCCAGCAGCUAUCCAAUGUGUACUUUACUAUACUUUCACUUUUUUGUUUUAAGCUUUUUGUGAAGAUCAGCCUUGCUAUCCUUAGUCAUUUCUACAUUGUGAAAGGAAACCGUAAGGAAGCAGCAAGGAUAGCUGCUGAAUUUUAUGGAGUUCCUCAAGGACAAGGUUCUUGGGCAGAUCGCUCACCUCUGCAUGAGGCAGCCAGUCAAGGACGUCUUCUUUCUCUAAAGACUUUAUUGUCACAGGGGUACAAUGUAGACACACUAACAAUUGACCAAGUAACUCCACUUCAUGAAGCCUGCCUAGGAGAUCAUGUAGGAUGUGCCAGAAUCCUUCUUGAAGCAGGAGCAAAUGUAAAUGCUACAACAAUUGAUGGAGUGACACCUUUAUUUAAUGCAUGUUCAAGAGGCAGUGCAGCAUGUGCAGAGCUCCUGUUAGAGUAUGGUGCCAAAGCUCAGUGGGAGUCCUGUCUUCCAUCACCAACUCAUGAAGCAGCCAGCAGAGGUCACAGUGAAUGUCUGGAGGUACUGAUAUCCUGGGGUAUAGAUGUUGAUCAAGAUCUUCCUCAUUUGGGAACACCUCUCUAUGUAGCAUGUGUUUCACAGCAGAUCCAUUGUAUUCGAAAGCUUCUUUAUGCAGGUGCCAAUGUGCAGAAAGGAAAGCAUUUGGAAACUCCACUCCAUGCUGCUGCCCAGCAUUCUAGUACAGAGAUUGUAAACUUACUCCUUGAAUUUGGGGCAGACAUAAAUGCCAAAAAUACAGAUUUUGAGAGGCCUGUUGAUCUAGCUGCUCCAAGUGGUUUAGUGGAGAGAAUGCUGCUCCUUCAUGAAGCCACACCACCUUCUCUUUGUCAGCUCUGCCGACUAUGUAUCCGAAAUUACAUAGGAAGAGCUAGACUGCAUCUUGUCCCACAACUCCAGCUGCCAACAAUACUGAAGAAUUUCUUACAGUAUAGAUAAUUUAGUAAUUAACCUUUAGAAAAUUGACUAACAAGUACUUUUCCUCUGUUUAUUGUAUGUUUUAUCUAAAGAACUGCUGGGCGGAAAAAAAAAAGCCUUUUGCAUAUUAAAAAAAUAAAUCUUUGACACCUGGUGUUGGUAUAGAGUAAUAAUUGGGAGCCAUUCAGCAACUGGUACCAAGGUGCUAAUAUGGCUGAAUUGAAUAAGUGUGCUGAUACUCUGGGAAAUGAUUGUGUAGCUUUAGCAUAACACUUACUGAAUAGCUUUAGUGCUGUUAAUUGCAAUUGUAUUUAUACUCUUAAAUUCUGUUUGACACACAAAGAGGUUCUUCAUUAUUUGUUAAGUUUGUCCAUUUGGAGUCAUUAUUUUAUGUCUUUAAAUUUCUAUUGCUUGUGUACCUAAAAGUACUUGGCAAUAGGUACACUAUAUACAUUGAUAAAAAUAAAACAAGUAUAUGUCAA